AAAGGAGCACCCAUUAAUGAGUGCUCGGUCUUGAUCGCUUGAACAAACAGGCCCAGGUUCGGGAUGAACUCCUACUUAGACUAUCCUGUGUGCAGCCGCGGAGCAAACAUUUUCAGUGCCAAUAAGUCCGGAUAUCCCAACCUAAAUCAUGGAUAUGUGUCGUCCAGCUCUUCCGCAACAAGUGACGGUUACGCAUCAGAUGGCCGUUUGUUGGCUGCAGCUCCUGCGCCGCACCAGAACCUCCCUCUGCACCACCAGGCCCACGCCAGUGUGGAUCUGCAGUUCCCAGCACCGGGAAUCCCCGUAUAUGGGUCACCUCUGGAGUACGGACACCAGUAUGGCCUCGAUCCCGAACAGGACCGGAGCUUUACUCACGCGCAGGUUUCCUCGUCCAUCGGAACAAACAUGGCACCCUACAACGGAGACAGCUUCGGGCCUGGAGGUGCGCCAGGGAGCCAAUAUCUGCAGCAGUUUGGGGAUCAGAGGCUCCAAGAGUACCCUGAAAGCUUUUACGCGAGGCCGCAGUGCAAAGAGAAGGAUCUGGAGCAAACGGAAGACUCUUCUAGAACUUUUGACUGGAUGAAAGUAAAAAGAAAUCCUCCUAAAACAGCUGUCAUGUCGGAGUUCGGGGUUCCGGGCCAGCACAACGUGAUCCGGACCAACUUCACCACCAAGCAGUUGACAGAGCUGGAGAAGGAGUUCCACUUUAACAAGUACCUGACGCGAGCCAGGCGGGUGGAGGUGGCGGCCAGUCUGGAGCUCAACGAGACGCAGGUGAAGAUCUGGUUCCAGAACCGCAGGAUGAAGCAGAAGAAGCGGGAGAAGCUGGGCUGCGCUCUGGCUCCGCUGGAGAAGAAGGCCGGUGGUUCUGACGCCUCUCCUCAGGCUCAAGGGGAAAAGCUGUGACCAGUGAUGGACUCUGAAAACAUGACUCCGUGUUUCUUGCACCUCUCCAAACAAAAGAAAAGACAAAGAAAUGUGGAAAUGAGGAUUUGAGAACUUUACAGGGUCUUCUUUGAAAAUGUUUUUAUUUUAGUGUUGAAUAUUUUUAUCAUGAGCUUUUGUUGCUUCACUGACGUCAUCAUUUGCACUAUUUAUUUACAGGGUAUUUUACAACAUUUGUCCAGAAGAUUUAGCUUAAAUAAAGUUUAUAAAAUAAAACUUUUUUUGCAUAAAAGGAAAUAUUCUCAUCUUGUCAUCCUUUGGAUUUUUUUAAAAACACAAAUUGGUUUAGUUUAAAAUGACACAAACACUUGUAGAUUUCAAACAUAUAAUUUCAAUCAGAUUCUACAGACUUCCACAAAGUUUGCUUGCAUAAUGUGACAAGAGGAAUCUUUCACAACAACACACGGGGUGGUUCUGGGUGACCUUUUCACCUCCAAAUACCUCCAGGGGCUCUAAACAUGACAACAAACUCCAGGAAGCAGGUCUCUCGCUGGAUUUGUUACACAAAUUCUACUUGCUGACACAUCUUGUCAUAGAUCUAAGUUAGAAUCCUUCUUGAAGCGGCUGUAUAAAAACAGAGCUAAUUGUGGCGGAAGGGGCGGCUAAACGUUUCCAGAGCCUGACCACCUAGUUUCCUCUGAUUGAGAUGGGGCAGCAGUUUCAAUAUUUGCUCUGGGUGAUGGGUUUGCACACACAGUUUCUGCUCCAACAGCACCGGCCUGUUGAUGCCCUUCUUCCUGAAGCCGAGGUUCAUGCAGAGUUCAGCCACAAAUGAAUGCAGAGUCAAUCUGUCAAGACACCAGAGAGGCUUUGUGGAGCAAAACUCUCUGGCUUUUAGAAUUCACAUUUUCACACAGACUGCUUUUAAUAUUCCAACUAGGAUGUUUUAGCCAUGAACUUAAUCUGUUCAGAGGUGUUUUGGAGGAAUGAAAAUCCGCACUCCUUUGAAAUUUAUCUGCAAGAUGAGUAUUUUUUUUUACUUGAAAAGACUUUACAGUUGAGACACCAUGCAGCCUGCAGAUCAGAAGGGCUCGGAUAUUUGACGUUUUAAGAAUCACCAAACCAAAAAUCCAGCUCAUCGGGCGAGUCGUGCUGAGAAGUGACAGAUCCAACGACAUUAAGGAGAGAACAAGCGUGGGACUUCUUUCAGGGGUGUGAUCCUUGCCAUCUCUGGAGGUAAUACCUCAGCGCUCCCAGCAGGCUCUCCAUCUGGAGGUGACAGAGUCGGUGGUGCAGCCAACACCGGGGAGACAGAUGUUCAGCUGGGAGAGAGGACAAGGAGGUUUUUCACCUUCCGAUCAGUGGAGAACGCAGGGCAUAAA